AUGACUGAUCUACAAGAUAGGGAACCAUCUAUUAUCAUUAAUGGUGACAUCCCAGAUGAGCAACCUGUGGCAAAUGUAGAACAACAAGAACAACAACAAGAGGAUGUUAAACCUAAAAAGAGCGUCACUUUCUCUGAAGAUGCCGAGUCUGAAGAAGACAGAAGAAAACGUGAAUUUGAAGAAGGUGGUGGUUUACCUGAACAACCAAGCAACCCUGACUUCACUCAACUAAAUCCCUUGUCCCCUGAAAUCAUUAACAGACAAGCUACCAUCAAUAUUGGGACCAUUGGUCAUGUAGCACACGGUAAGUCUACCGUUGUUAGAGCCAUCUCAGGGGUCCAGACUGUUAGAUUUAAGGACGAAUUGGAAAGAAACAUUACUAUCAAACUGGGGUAUGCCAAUGCAAAGAUCUAUAAAUGUCAAGAACCUACAUGUCCUGAACCUGACUGUUACAAAUCUUUCAAAUCAGAUAAAGAGAUUAACCCCAAGUGUGAAAGACCAGGCUGUCCAGGUCGUUACAAAUUGGUUAGACACGUCUCCUUUGUCGACUGUCCAGGUCACGAUAUUUUAAUGAGUACCAUGUUAUCCGGUGCUGCUGUCAUGGAUGCAGCCCUUCUAUUAAUUGCUGGUAAUGAAUCCUGUCCACAACCACAGACUUCUGAACAUUUGGCUGCCAUAGAAAUUAUGAAAUUGAAAAAUGUCAUCAUUUUACAAAAUAAAGUAGAUUUAAUGCGUGAGGAAACUGCUUUGGAACAUCAAAAGUCUAUUCUAAAAUUCAUUAGAGGUACUAUCGCAGAUGGUGCCCCUAUCGUGCCAAUCUCUGCUCAAUUGAAAUAUAACAUUGACGCAGUCAACGAAUUCAUCGUCAAAACCAUUCCAGUCCCACCAAGAGACUUCAUGAUCUCUCCACAAUUAAUUGUGAUCCGUUCCUUCGAUGUUAAUAAGCCAGGUGCAGAAAUCAACGAUUUGAAAGGUGGUGUUGCUGGUGGGUCUAUUUUGAAUGGUGUUUUCAAACUAGGUGACGAAAUUGAGAUCAGGCCAGGUAUCGUCACCAAGGAUGAAAGAGGUAAGAUCCAAUGUAAACCAAUCUUCUCAAAUAUCGUCUCUCUAUUUGCUGAACAAAAUGAUUUGAAAUUCGCCGUCCCUGGUGGUCUUAUUGGUGUGGGUACUAAAGUCGAUCCAACCUUAUGUAGAGCAGAUCGUCUUGUAGGUCAAGUUGUCGGUGCAAAGGGCCAUUUACCAAACAUUUACACAGAUAUUGAAAUCAACUAUUUCCUUUUGAGACGUCUUUUGGGUGUCAAGACAGACGGUCAAAAACAAGCUAAAGUCAAAAAAUUAGAAAAAGAUGAAGUUCUUAUGGUUAAUAUUGGGUCUACUGCUACCGGUGCUCGUGUUGUCGCCGUUAAGGCAGACAUGGCUAGAUUACAAUUGACUUCUCCUGCUUGUACCGAAAUCAAUGAAAAGAUCGCCUUAUCUAGACGUAUCGAAAAGCACUGGCGUUUAAUUGGAUGGGCUACAAUUAAGAAAGGUACUACUCUUGAACCUGUAGCUUAA